AUGAAAAGCUCAGUUUCGUCCGAUCCAUCAUCGUCAUUCUCAUCAUCCUAUUCCAUCUCCUCUUCCUCAUCGUCGUCAUCGUCUUCAUCAUCGUCAUCAAAAGAUCAUCACAUCAACAUUGAAACUGUUUCGAUGUUUUAUUCCGGAUCUAUCAGACAUGACGUCACAAGUCAGAUGAACAAAUACAACAACAACAACAACAACAACAACACAAUAAGCAACACAACAAACAAUAACACAACAACAAACAACAAUAACAACGACAAGAUGAAAUACUACAAUAUUGCAUUAAGAGACAUCGAUAUAAGUUACGAAAUACUAAAAAUCACCAAUAUAACUGGCAAUAAAAUUUUUAUGACUGGCAGCAACAAUGAGGACAACAACAAAAACAUCAACAACUAUAUCAACAACAACAACAACCACAUUAGCAAAGAUAUUCACAACAACAACCACAACAACAACAACAACAUCAACAAAGAUAUUCACAACAACAACCACAACAACAACAACACCAUUCACGUCACUUCACCUCACGAUGAUAUCAACAACAAUUACCCUGACAGUAUGGGCAAGAAUGACAAAGGCGUUGAAGCGCAACGACAUAAUGUCAACAAUGUCCAUAAGUUAAAAUCUAUUCUCGUCAUCAAGAUUGUUGUUAAGAUAAAUUUUUCAAAGCGUGAUGGCCAAGUGGUUAAGGUCUUCUGGUUCUCUUUUGCAGUAAUCGUGUUCAAAUACGGCGAAAGGAUCCCCGCCAAUCACAUUCAUUGUAAAAAAGUUCUCAAGGCGGCCCUCACAGCAAAAAGUUUGCCCACCCCUGGUCUAGGCUGUAUCAUUGAUAUACGCAAUUUGGGUGUAGUUGAUUCCUAUAAAUUUAGGAAAGGUGUAACAGACCUUUAA